AUACCAACGCUCCCCCUCUUCUCGUCUGUACCUGAAUCCAAAAAAAAAAGUAGAGAGAGAGAGAGAGACGAGCGAAGGGAGGGCAGUGUGAGCCACACUCUCCCACUUUGCUUUUCCUUGCAAGUUCCAUAAACUAAAAAGAAAAAAGAAAUUAAAAAGGGAGCAAAAGAUGAGAGAUUUGAUGGGGUUGUUCUUCUUCUUGCUUUCCAUCAUCUAAGCCCUAUAGAGGACUCACUCAGAUGGCGUGUACCUUCUAGUCUCUCUGUCUCUCUCCUCUUCUUUGAUUCCUCUUUUUCGGAGUCUUUAGUCCUUCAGAGAGGAGGAGGAGGACGAAAUGGAGGAGGAGAAGAAAGGCAUUGCCGCGCUCCUUCUCUUGAUGGUUUUUCUCAGUGGGUUUUGCUCUGUUUCUGCUGCUUCUCCAGCUAUGGUGGUGAGUGGGGUUUUCUCCAAUGCGGCGUCUGCUCUCUUGAAGCGGCUGUGGUCGCUGAAAUCCACCACAAAGCCUGCGAUUUCUGGUCGUUCGAUGAUGAAAUUCGAGAGCGGGUACACCGUGGAGACGGUGUUCGACGGGAGCAAGCUCGGGAUCGAGCCUUACUCUGUGGAGGUGACUCAGAGUGGGGAGCUUCUGGUUCUGGAUUCUGUGAACAGUAAUAUCUACAGGAUUUCGCUGCCAUUGUCCAGAUACAGCAGACCUAAGCUUGUUGCAGGUUCACCAGAAGGACAUGCGGGUCUUGUUGAUGGAAAACCACGGGAAGCAAAGAUGAACCAUCCAAAGGGAUUUACGGUGGAUGAUAGAGGGAAUAUAUAUGUUGCGGACACCAUGAACAUGGCAAUCAGGAAAAUUAGUGAUACAGGUGUUACUACCAUUGCUGGGGGAAAGAGGAACAGAGGAGGGCAUAUGGAUGGCCCAACUGAAAAUGCGAGAUUUUCUACUGAUUUUGAAGUAGUUUAUGUUGGUAGUAGCUGCUCUCUUCUGGUUAUAGACAGGGGGAACCAGGCAAUUCGGGAGAUACAGCUCCAUUUUGAUGAUUGUGCCUACCAAUAUGAAACUGGUUUUCCUCUAGGAAUUGCAGUGCUUCUUGCUGCUGGUUUUUUUGGGUACAUGCUUGCGUUGCUUCAAUAUCGAGUAGGAGCUAUUAUCUCUUCCAAAGAUGAACCUCAAACCCAUAUCAAGAAAGCAAUGAUGCCUCCAUACCAGAAGCCUUUCAAACCAUCAGUCAGGCCACCACUGAUCCCACCUGAGGAUGAACCAAAGAAGCGAGAAGAUGAAGAAGAAGGCCUCUUCACCUCACUAGGAAGGCUUCUUUCUGGAGCCAGGUCAUCUAUAAUGUCAAUCUUUGGUGCCAUGUUCUCGUUUCAGAAGAAAAAAACAGCUAACCAAUUUUACCAGCAGCAGUGGAGGUCAAACAGUUACCCAAUGCAGGAGAGCUUUGUGAUCCGAGAUGAAGAUGAGCCACCCCCACCAGUGGAGACAAGGACACCCACCCCACGUAAGACCUACGCCUUCAUGUCAAAAGAACCAGAAAAAAUCCACCAUCUCCGCCAGGGAAGAGCUUAUUUUAGUGGCUGGGAUGGGGAGCCGCAACCACAGCAGCAAAUGCAGCAGCAGCAACACCACCUAAAGCAGCACAGGCAAUACUCUUUGGGCCCGCAGACUUACUAUGAGCAGAGCUGUGAAACAACCAAUGAGAUUGUGUUUGGAGCUGUCCAGGAGUCAGAUAGCAAGCGCAGGACGGUGGAGAUUAAGGCUGUGAAUUAUGGGGAACCUAUCUAUGAUCAGUUGGGCAUGCGGUUCCGGAAUAGUUACAUGGGUUACAACAAUAACUAUUACAUGAGUUAGAUUUCUUUUCCUUUCUUCGUUACAUGGUAAAUCGUCUCUAUCUGUAUUAUCAGUUGGCCUUGCCUAUUGUAUUUCAUGUCUAUAAAAAUGCACAGGACUAGAAUUCAUGAAAUGAAUGGUAAAAUGGAGGUCUGGAAGAGCUUCAGAGUUUUGUCAAGGGAA